AUGAGUGCUGACGAAUUCCGCGAGAGUGUCGAAAGCCAGGGGACACCAAUUGAUAGCCACAUUCCACUACUGCGAAUAGCAUUCAUUUACUUGGAUGAAGCAUUAUGGGACGGCAGAGGCGUGUUUGAUGUUGUAGAGCAACUUCACACACGCGGCUGGUCAUUUGGUCACGGAGACUUGAGCCUUAACCGAACUCUAGACAUAUUCUAUCUCGCUCAACUAGCAGCCGCCAUGUACCGCUUCUCAGACCAGGGCGAGGGCGAGUUCGCUACGGCAGAUGACUUUGAUGGAUUCUAUGCACAGCACUCCGAGCUACUCGACGAGAAUGCCUGGCGAAAGUACUACUCAUCUACUCUCCUCGCGCAGCCAAUAUCAGCUCGCUUCUACCGGCUUCCCGACUUGCAAGAUCUACCAGAUUCAAGUGACCCUCUUGCGCAGCCACGACACAAGGGGAACGGCCACCUAACCAAGCUUCCGCGGUGGGCACAUAACGUUGUGCGCACCCAUCGACGACAGCCGUCCCUUUUCGUCGAGACCAUCACUCAGAUAGCCCUGAACACUCUCGAGCAGACCAUCGGACGCUUACGAGAGGACUAUACAGAUGUUCAGCCGUACUCGGAGACCCAAGCUCGCUUCUGGCUCAAGUACAUGAACAUAGGAUGUUUUGGCAAGUCGUCGAAGGAGGAAUGGAAUUACAAUGAAUUCGGUAUCUCCGUCGCGCAGGGACGUUUCGAUAUGUGGGCUUGGGAAGCACACUACUCGCAGGAGCGAUGGAAAACUGUCAACUCGCCGUAUCUUGAGCCAGACCUCGAUGGGACGCGUGAGAGCGAGGUCAGCUGGUGUGGGUGGCCGGACGGCGGGGUGGGUGAACAGGCGCGCAGCAGAGGGUGGGAGCCGGAGCUAGGAAGCGAAGAGGAGGUUGCGUUCCUGGCGGCUUUUAUGGAGAAGGAGACAGAAGGAAUCGAUAUGAACGACUUGGACUAUGGAGUGCGAUCGCACAUUCUUCUUGGAGUGAUGUGCGCUGCUUUGGAUGUCGACGAGGGACAGCGGUUGGAAGAGGUUAAGCGUCAGCUGGUAGCUGCGGGUAGGAUUGAUGAGAACAGGGCCGCGCAGUGGAUUCGAGAAGUGCUAAUGGCCAUGAAGCCAUACUUGCGUAUGAAUGAUGGACAGUCUGACUAUGAAAAGAAUAGGGGUGAACUGCUGCGUCAGAUUCUGGUGGAGGAUGGACAGCUACUAGGAGGAUGGAAGCUUUCGGACUCUUCCAAAGGCGUCAGAUUCUGGUGGAGGAUGGACAGCUACUAG